AUGCCUGACGACGAUGAGCCACCCAUCAGCAUGAACAUCAUACCCUGGAACCUCAUCUCACACCUGUCGACCCUCCUAGACAAAGAGCGAGAGGACUACACCGCUCAACGAAGCAUCGGCUACAUUGCAGCCUCAGCCCGCAUCCAAAGCGCACGCGUGUGCCGACACGUGCUACAGAACUCGGAGAAAAUGCCACGACCGGAGGAAGAGACCGGCCCACCUGGAAAACCGGAGAGCCCGAAGGAACCCGAAAUGCCCCGAGCACAACGGUCCAUGCUAAACCGCUUCAAGAAACGCAUGCACACGCGAACGAGGUCGGAACCACAGCCGGGAUACGCAGGACCACCAAAGACGCUGGUGCGAAGCAAAGACUGA